AAAAACAUACCUCUUUAAGCCAUGGCUGCUGAAUUUGUAAAAUCAUUGGCUGAUGGAGUUGAAUGUAAACUUCAUAUAGUUGUGUUUCCUUGGUUAGCUUUUGGUCAUAUUAUACCAUAUCUUGAACUUUCCAAAUUAAUAGCUCAAAAGGGUAACAAAAUUUCCUUCAUUUCAACUCCAAGAAAUAUUGAUAGACUCCCGAAACUCCCCCUUGAAUAUUCCACAUCCAUAAACUUAGUAAAAAUUCCACUUCCAAAAGUUGAUGGACUACCAGAAAAUGCAGAAGCAACUAUGGAUAUUCACACUAAAGAUAUUGUAUAUCUCAAGAAAGCCUUAGAUGGUAUGGAACUUGAGUUGACAAGUUUCUUGGAGAAAAAUUCUCCUGAUUGGGUAAUUCAUGAUUUUGCACCUUAUUGGUUAGCGCCAAUCACAACUAGGUUAGGGAUAUCUAGGGGGUUUUUCCGAAUUAUUAAUGCUUGUUUUUUGGCUUUUUUGGGGUCUACGGACAUGAUGCUUACUGGUUCGACUAAUCCACCACCAACCCCGGAGGAGUUCAUGGUGCCGGCGAAAUGGAUACCGUUCGAAACAAAGGCGGCUUUUCGUCGCCACGAGGCUAAGUGGAUAGUUGACGCCAUGCAAAAGAACGUGUCCGGCGUUUCGGACCUCUAUCGUACUGGGGCUACAAUAAAGGACGUUGACGUAAUUAUCAUACGUCAGUGUCGCGAGUUCGAAGGUCAGUGGCUGAAGUUACUAGAGGAUCUUCACCACAGGCCCAUACUUCCUGUGGGGUUAAUGCCACCUCCAUUGCACGAUAGCAAUGAUGAGAAUAAUGAAAAUUGGGCAUGCAUUAAGGAAUGGCUAGAUGAACGAACAAAAGGCUCGGUAGUUUACGUAGCGUUAGGGAGUGAGGUGACUAUUGGUCCGACUGAAAUUAACGAGUUGGCCCAUGGGUUGGAGUUGUCUGGAUUACCGUUCUUUUGGGUUUUGAGGAAGCCAUCUAACUCGGAAAAUAUGGACUAUAUUGAGCUGCCCGAUGGGUUCGAGGAGAGAAUAUAUGGUCGAGGUAUAGUAUGGAAGAGUUGGGUACCUCAGUUGAAGAUACUCAGUCAUGAGUCAGUUGGUGGAUUCUUGACUCAUUGUGGAUGGAGCUCGGUAAUAGAAGGGCUGAUGUUUGGUCACGCUUUGAUUAUGCUGCCUUUUUUGGUUGAUCAAGGGUUGAAUGCAAGAAUCCUAGAGGACAAGGAGAUUGGUAUAGAAAUACCAAGAAAUGAAGAGGACGGUUCAUAUACAAGGGACUCCGUUUCCAGUUCAGUCAAGAUGGUAAUGGUAGAAAGAGAUGGAAAGAAAAUUAGAGAGAAAGCAAAAGAAAUCAGCUCAAUAUUUGGGGACAGAAGGCUAUAUGACAAGUACAUAGAAGAUCUAAUUCAGUUCCUGGAAGAUCAUAGAAAAAUGUGCAAAGGGCAUAGUUCCCAGAACUUGAUGUAAUCAAAACCAAUUAAUUAUUAGGUGUUCGGAUCUAUAUGUAAUAUCUUAAUACUCAAAUGUUUAUUUAAGUACAGAUGUGUUAAUCUUAAUAAUAACAAACGAAGCAAGGCUUCAUAACUUCACUA